AUGGACGUGAGGUGGACUCCGUACACUGCAGCCGACAUUUAUGCCCGGGCACCGAGCGGCCUGUCGUCCUUAUGCCUGCGAGAUCACGAGUACUGGAUGACGAGGAAGCCGAUCCUUUACGACAUCCACGUCGAGGAGUACCACGUUCACCGGGUUAUGAGGCAGUUCGGUCUCUACCAGCAGACCCCGGUCCCGAUUGUGCACUCAGUGGAGGCCCACGUCCACAGGUGGACACGGCAGGGUCAGCCACCAGGCUCGCGGUGGGCCGACAAGGUCCGUCCUUACGUCGACUCUUGGGCCGUGGCCUUUGACGACGUCGUUUUCGAGGAUCCGCCGCACAGCGACGAGGCGUUCGCGGACUACCUACGGUGGUACCUGCCGAGGACGCGCACACGUGUCGUGCACGUUCCACCAGAGGGUCCGAUUGAGGCCGCAAGGGUGUCGGAGACGUACCCCGUAGUUCGAGAUCAGAACUUCGCCAUAGCGUAUGAUGUCAUACGAGCGAUUGAGUCCGAGGCUUCGUCGAGUAUGGGCCAGUACCAUGACAUGACGCCCGCCCAGCACCAGAGCACACUGCAGAAGAUCGUCGAUAUGUGCAAGCGAUUCCGACGAGCCGUGACCUAUCGUGAGGACGACACCUUCCUCCCACCUCGCAAGUAUCGGCAGGUGGGAGGGACAGACGAUGAUGAGGAGAUUCAGGAGGUAGACGACCUCGCGCAGAUGGAGUGGGUGAACACGUUCUUCUCUUCUGCACCGACGCAGGAGGUCGUCGGCACUUCACAGCUGGGGGGUGCCCCACUCGCGACGUAG